GCGCUCGCUCGGGGCCGCACGAUGUGGUGGGACGAGCGGGUGUCGGCGCAGUUCCGGAGGAACCUGCAGCCCACCCUCACCUAUUGGAGCGUCUUCUUCAGCUUCGGCCUCUGCAUCGCUUUCCUCGGGCCCACGCUGCUGGAUCUGCGCUGCCAGACCCAAAGCUCGCUCUCGCAGAUCACUUGGGUCUUCUUCUCGCAGCAGUUCUGCCUCCUGCUCGGCAGCUGCCUCGGAGGGGUCUUCAAGAGGACGUUGUCUCAGUCCUUGUUUGCACUCUUUGCCUCAUCACUGGCAAUCUCUGUGGUCUUUGCCAUCAUCCCUCUGUGCCACAAUGUGGUGGUCCUGGCUGUGGUCAUGGCUGUGGCAGGACUGGCCAUGGGUUGCAUCGACACCAUCUCCAACAUGCAGCUGGUGAAGAUCUACCAGAAGGACUCAGCCAUUUUCCUGCAGGCCCUUCAUUUCUUCGUGGGCUUUGGUGCACUGCUCAGCCCACUGAUAGCUGACCCUUUCCUCUCAGACACCAACUGCAUCCUCUCCAACUCCACGGCCAACGCCUCCAGCAACCUCCCUCACAUCCGCAAGUCCCUGGUCCCGCAUCAUCCCGGCAACCUGUCUCAUUAUGACCUGCCCAUGAAGGGGAUGGUGGUCACACGUGUCUCCUACGCCUUCUGGAUCAUGGCCCUCAUCAAUCUGCCAGUGCCCAUUGCUGUGUUCUUCCUGCUGUACAAGGAGAGGAUGGUGCCAUGUGCUGGGGGCAGCUCCUACCCGCUGCUCUCGGCCGACGAGCUGGCGAUGGAGACGCGACCCAGCGACAAGGACGAGCUCUCCACCACGGUGCACAGACCCCACACAGCAGGAGGUCAUGAUGACUUAUUUAGCUGCUGCCAAAGCAAAAACUUCAGAGGGGCUUCUUACGCCUACUUCGCAGUCCACAUCACUGGGGCUCUUGUUCUCUUCAUGACUGAUGGGAUUGUGGGAGAGUACUCGGGCUUCGUUUACAGCUACGCGGUGGAAGAGCCUCUCUCCGUGGUGCAUAAAGUGGCAGGUUACCUGCCCAGCCUCUUCUGGGGCUUCAUCACCCUGGGCAGGCUCAUCUCCAUCCCCGUGUCCUACCGAAUGAAGCCAGCAACUAUGGUCCUCAUCAAUGUGGUUGGAGUGCUGAUAACCUUCCUCCUGCUCCUGAUCUUCUCCUACAGCGUUGUCUUCUUGUUUGUGGGGACAGCAUCUCUGGGGCUGUUCCUCAGCAGCACUUUCCCCAGCAUGCUUGCCUACACCGAGGACAUCCUGCAGUACAAAGGCUGUGCCACAACUGUGUUGGUGACUGGAGCUGGAAUUGGAGAGAUGGUCCUACAGCUGCUGGUGGGGUCGAUUAUACAUGAUCAGGGCAGCUACAGUUUCCUGGUCUGUGGGAUGAUCUUUGGAGGUUUGGCCUUUACCUUCUACGCUUUCCUCUUGUUUUUCCACAGGAUGUACCCCAAGCCCCCAUCAGAUGACAUGGCCUCACCUGACAAACCAGCAGUAACAGAGGACACGGGACAGUACCAGCGCUGAGGAAGAGGCCGAGCCCUAGACAAGCAAUAAACCAACACACAAUGAAGCAUUACUGUUAAGGAUGAUUUCACAUUUAAUGACUGAAUCAUGCAAGUUUUCUGCAAUCAGACAAACCAAACCAAGCACAUUAGAUUGGGUGAGAAUGGAGAGAACAUCCUGAAACACUGCGUCAAGCCAAGCACAAGCUGCCCCUGUCACGUGUGCCAAGCAAGGAGACUGUGUCAAACUCCCCAUGUCUGAAAGGGGAUGAUGAUUACUCCUGGAACUGAACUUUCUUGCCAAUGCAGGAUGGAGGGUGGGAAGGAAGAGGGGUGUCUCUGUCCAUAGGUGAGAUGGAGUUAUCUCCCAGCUUCGUUGCUGAACUGGUUUGUGUUUCCUUUUGGUACAGAAACCCCCAACUCCCAGCACAAGACGUGGAUUUCAAGUCCUUUUAUUGUGCAACAACAACUUGAGUAUGUGUCACCUCCAUGUAUGAUGCUUCCAAAGGGGACAAAUGACACAAAGGGUAGGACUUCCCCUCCCCAUCCCUUUCCCCAAGCAGCCAGGAGCUCUCUGUAUUUGCACAGAUGAUUCUCUGAUGUGACACCUCAGUGUCCCCUGAGACAGUGUCUCACUCAGCAUGCAAGGGCCUCUUGAUUAUUACAAUCAUUAGCUUGCUUCUUUGUUUUCUCCUUUGGGGUUUUUUUGUUCCUUUUACAGUCCAGAAUGAGUUGUGAUGGUUUCUUUUGCUUUGUCACUAGUUCAGCUGCUGAAGGUGCAGUGUCUUUGAGGGUGGUUUUAUUUCUAGCUUCCAGUUGAAGCUUUAACAGAGGUAUUUGGGAGCCAGCCUCCAGCUGCUUAAUCUGUGCAAUACUUAUUAGUAACAGGUGCCUUGUGUAAGGUACUCUCAUACCCCAGCAUGACCUAUUGCAAGCCAUGAAGAAAGGAUUGGCUUUACAUCUAUUUCUUCAGUGAGUGAUUGGACAUGUACUUUUUGCUUUAACUGCUGUCUGUGGAUGUACAUAUGUAUGUGUGUAUAUAAAGCAGUGUUUAAUUAAA